CCCUCUUCUUCCUAGAGAGCCAUGAGGGACACCAUCAACUCCCAGUACAACUCCUUCCUCUACUGGAGGAUGCCUAUUCCGGAGCUGGACCUGUCCGAACUGGAACGCCUGGAGCUGACCGACAGGGCUGUCUACAAGCCGAAGGGGAGCUACGGCAACCUGAUGGCAGACCGGAAAAAGCAGGGCGUCUUCGAAGAGGAGACUGACAAAGACACCCUCCUCCAGUUCAACAGCUUCAAUUUCUGGAGAGCUCCGAUAGCCAGUAUCACUGCUUUAGAUUUUGACCUUCUCUGA